AAUUAAUUUUUUUGAUGAAAUUGGGAAAUUAAACGCACAAAACGUGAACAAAAGCAAUCCCAGCGAAAGGCGCGAUUACCACGCGUCGAGAGGACCAAACGGCACAUAAAACAAGUGGUGAUAUAUACGCAUUUCGGCUGUCGCAAGCAACAGCCCUCGCCCAAAAACGCCAACCAGCAGCAGCCACCAUACCACACCCCCCCCCGCACUGCGCCGCACAAUCAGCAGCCGCACACACAAAGCACUCCAGCCGCAGCAGCCACAGAAAAUAGUAAAGUAACGCAACAAAUAUGCAGGCGAUUAAGUGUGUCGUUGUGGGCGACGGAGCCGUGGGUAAGACCUGCUUGCUGAUCAGCUACACGACAAAUGCGUUUCCCGGCGAGUACAUACCCACCGUGUUCGACAACUACUCGGCCAAUGUGAUGGUCGAUGCCAAGCCCAUUAAUUUGGGAUUGUGGGAUACGGCCGGGCAGGAGGACUACGACCGCCUGCGUCCGCUGUCCUAUCCACAGACAGAUGUCUUCCUCAUUUGCUUCUCGCUGGUGAAUCCGGCCUCGUUCGAGAACGUGCGCGCAAAGUGGUAUCCGGAGGUGCGGCACCACUGCCCCAGCACACCCAUCAUUCUGGUGGGCACCAAGCUGGAUUUGCGCGACGACAAGAACACCAUCGAGAAGCUGCGCGACAAGAAGCUGGCACCCAUCACCUAUCCCCAGGGCCUGGCCAUGGCUAAGGAGAUUGGCGCCGUCAAAUAUCUGGAGUGCUCGGCGCUAACGCAAAAGGGACUGAAGACGGUGUUCGAUGAGGCUAUCAGAUCGGUGCUCUGCCCAGUGCUGCAGCCCAAGUCCAAGCGCAAGUGCGCCCUGCUCUAAAAGAAGGAUCCCAGCAGGAGCAGGAGCAGUACAGAUGGAGGAGCCCAGAGCAAGUGAAGAAGCAAAAACACCCACGAAGCAUUACACACACACACACACACACACGAACUUCUCUUUAAACGUAAUAUUAUUAACUAUAAAACAAUUAUGUAACCGAGGCAUUGGCCAUCCGUCGUCGGAUGUGGUCCAUCCUUCUUGGUUACAAUUUUGCCACUAAUUUCGGGGGAACCCCAAACGUUCCCAGCCACAACUUCUUGCUUCUGUUUCGCUUACGUUACCGUUUCCAUGUUCGUUUCCGUUUAAAUUUCGUUUCCGUGUUUUUUUUUUUCUAAAUAUAAUUCAAAUCUAUAAUCCUGUUUCUAUUGGUAGUUUUCUCCAUGUGCAUUAAAUCGAACUAAAAGUUAUCGCCAGAUUGCGAGAUAUUUCUAAACGAAAGAAAAAACCAAUGGAAAAAUCUGUAA